AUGGCCGCUGCCGAAGGAAAAUUCGUCCUGCGCCGUCGCGAGGGCUUCGGUAACGAGAAGCGCGCAUCGGCCAGCAGUGCAUCAGACGCCGAAAGCUCCGCCGCAAGUGACACGGCGGCGGAUGCUUCAUCUACGGCGACGGAAUCGUCGGCGGAAUCAACGGAAGCUGCGUCAUCGACGGAAGACGCAUCGUCAACAGAGGCUGCAUCGUCCACCGAGGCUUCAUCUUCAUCUUCAUCUGCGGCAGCCUCAACUACCGAUGUCACAACUACAGACGCAUCAACGACCGACGCAUCGUCAACAGACACUUCAUCUGCUUCAGCUACGACAGGCGCCUCAUCCACGGACACCACAGCCACUUCGACUGCUACCGGUUCCAUCCUGUCUGGAACUCACUGCUUCAGCACCAGCAAGAAGUCCACCAGCGUUUGCCCCGUAACGACCAGCAGCGGCCACACAGUCACGGCCAGCGACUGCACCUCGACUUACGUGCUCACCAGCACGUGCUCUGACAACUUCGUUUGCACCACCGACUCGAGUGGUAUCGACAUCUGCAUGGAGACCCGGACUAUCCAAACUGGCGGCAUUGUUGUUGCCAUCGUUUUCGCCGUCGCCACAUUUGUUGGAUUCGCUGCCAUCUGCUUCGCCAGUGCCAGGCAAGCCAAGCAGCAGAAGACCAGUGCCGUUAAGGCUGAGGCCAAGGCGCUGCUAAGGAAGCAGACGGUUCUGGAGCGAGCCAGGUAG